UCCGGGGCUGAGCCCGGCCGGGAUGCGGCGCCCAGGGCCGGCGGGGGCCGGCGGCCGCCUGCUCCUCUUCCUCCUCCCGCGGGGGGCUCUGCUGCUGCUCGGUGUCUGCAAUGCUCUUUCCCUGGAAAUCAAAGCCAGUCCUAAAGUCCGAGCUUUCGUGGGCGAGCAAGUGCUGCUGAAAUGCUCCUUCAAGUCCAGCUCCCCCAUCACGGAGAACCUGCUGGUGGACUGGACCUACCGUCCCCUCUCCGGGGGCCAGAUGGAGACAAUUUUUCACUAUCAGUCCGUCCCACACCCCACCACAGGGGGGAGGUUCAAGGACAGGAUAUCCUGGGCUGGGAACGUUGCCAGUGGUGACGCUUCCAUCGCCAUCCUAAGCCCGAUGCUCAGUGACAACGGGACCUUCAUCUGCAGCGUGAAGAACCCUCCAGAUGUUUAUCACAACAUUCCCCAGACGGUGCUGGUGGUUACGGAGCGGGGCCUGGCCUUCCAGCUGACCUCAGCAGCUCUGCUGUCCAUCCUGGUGUUCCUCCCCUCUGUCCUCGUGGUCAUUCUGCUGCUGGUGAGGAUGGGGAGGAAAUUCCGGGCGAUGAAGGAGAAAGGAAAAUGUGGCUACAAGAAAUCCUCCAUCGAGGUGUCCGAUGAGCCUGAGCACACGGGCACAGCCGGCUGCGGGGGGAAGGUCAAGGAGUGGUGCCUCAACUGUGUGGACACGGAUGAGGAAGAUCCAUACUGACAGAGGACUGAAGCUGUGGAAGAAGACUAAAAUGACAGCACUGAAAAUCACGGCUAGAUCCUUCCAGAGGCUGCUGGAUAACCAGAGCAGAUUGAAGGGCGUGCUCUGCUCUCGGUGGAUUGGAAGAAUAAUGCUGAUGGGAUAAUUCACUUCUAUUUAAGCACAAAAUAACGAUUUUCUAAAAAUCUUUCCAGUUUAUUGGGGAAAAGAAAACCUCUCGCCCUCAGCUCUGCGGGGCCUGCAGAAGCCUCAGUGCCAGCAAUGCCAACGUGCCUUGGUUUUCCUGAAAAUUGGUUAGCUUUAUUCGUUUGGUUUUUUGGUGACAUCCCUCUUUUCCUGAGCCCUGGAAAUCCAACUUUUUGAAGUAAAGGCUGCUCCAGCUCUCUGGGCUGGUCACUGCCAAGGUUUCUUCUCAGGUUUUUUGGAACACACUGACUCACACCAGUUUAUGAAGGGAUAUCUGGCAUCAUCUGUCUUGGAGUGAAGAGAACCUACUGCUCAUGAAGUAUUUUUUUAUUCAGCUGCAUCACUAGGUACCUCUCCUUCUACUUGUAGAAGCAAAGAACAAUUCAUAGAAAACUAUUUUUUUUUUCCUUUUUUUUUAAAUCAGAAAUGCAAAUGGGGACUCUGUUUCUGGGGACACACAACCCCAUCUACCUCAGCCAUGGACUCAAGCACUGCCCAAAGGAAUGCUCUCUUUGCAGUAGUUGUUUUCCUCCUCCCUUCUUCUGGGACCCGUUUUAGGGAAAUGGUUCAUGGUGCAGCAUUACUUCCCCUCGAUGUAGGGUAUUUCCUCUUUCACCAGCCUUUUCCAACAACAGUGAAUGGCAGAGAGCAGUGGAACUCAUCCACUCAGUCCCUAAGGAGCUGCUUCCUUUCUGUGUCAGUCAAAUAUUCUCCUUUCACAGAUGUGCUCCAGGUUUACUGUUGAUGUUGCUGUGCGAUUAC